GAUCGGCUCACCUGUCGUAUUGCGACGACAAGUACGGUACCUCAUUAAAACGACUCAAAAUUUUCGGGUUCUCAAUUCCACUGUUUCUAACAUUUGCCAUUGGUUCUGCGGACAUCCAAUUUCCUCCAGGGGAAUCAUAAAAUGGCAGUCUUUGGAAGCAAGAAGUUUCGCGGAGCGGCAGAGUCAAAUACCCUCGCCGCAAGGUAUCGCAGCGCUUUAGCCAGACAUCCAUUUGCCCUCUUCGGUUUACCAUUUAUUGCUACUAUGGUAGCUGGAUCUUUCUUUCUUACUCCUGCCACAGCUAUUCGAUACGAGAAACAUGAUAAACGUGUGCGAAGAGUAAGCAAAGAAGAGGAGCUAGGAAUUGGUAAGGCUGGAAGGCGAGUGGAUAUGAAAGAAGAAUACUAUAGACUCGCCGCGAAAGACUUAGACGAUUGGGAACAAAAGAGAGUCAAGAGACUUCCGGGUGAACAUGAUGGUAAAUUAUAGGGUGAUAUUUGUGAAGGAGGAAAAGAGAAAGAAAGAGAGGUCGCAGAACUAAACUCGAUCUCGAACUCGAAUACUUGCACAAAUUUUGGCUCAACUGCUUCGAGUUGUGUGGACUUUAAAAAGAUACUUCACCAUCUCGGAUGACAAUAUGAGCGAUAUAAAGUCAUGACCAAAUAAUAAAGACAUCGUUAAAACAUAUACGACGACGUCUUAGGUAGUAGGUCAGACAUACUUGAUUGGAGGAGAUCUUGAUUAGAUCAAGAAAAAUCAUUUCACUCAUGUUUGAAUUAGGAUACGAGUCAGAAGUCAAUCCAUAGGUGGAAUAUGAACUUCGAAUUUAGUUCGCAAAUCACAGGAUUUCCGAUCUAUGUUGCAAUCAUCUUUUCGUUAUGAAUCAUUGAGUUUUCAUGGAUUUUCAUGACUUUUCACUUUGUCUGGAUUACUUAUGUCAGUCGUUUGCUGUCUGUUAGACAUGCCUGCUUUCGACGUGAUUCAUUCUACCUAAACUGUCAGAGCCAUCAUGUUUUCGUGGUCAAUUUAAGCCGUCCACGUCCACAUUGCAAUAUACGCUCUUUCAAGCACGAUUCGCAAAUAUAUUCCAUCUAGCGCA